CACCAACAGAGGGUCGAAACAAUUAAAAACAUCCAAAAUAAGUUUCUGUAAAUUCCCAGCAGCUUUAGUGACCACCCAAAAUCUGUCACUAAAAGCCUGUAAAGUCUGUUGCUAAAAACCUAGAAUUGCAUCCUCACGAAAAAUCACCAAAUCGAUUGAUCUAACUCAAAGGGAUCGAGUUCCCUUACCUCUAGAACGUGCCUAGGACUCGAUUGGAUGGCCCGGGACGUUGAUCUCCUCGUUGAUCGAUGAUCGAAACCUCAAACGUCACCGCUAAUAAAUACGAGCUUCAGAUUAGAAUAUCAAUGAAUGGAGUUUGGAAUCAUGAAAGAGUUUGCGAUCCUUACCUAGGGACACGAAAGAGAUGGGGUCGGGGUCGAGAAACAGGGGCGGUGGUGGGCUGCUUCUUAAUUCCGCCUCGCACUGGGAGAAUAAAAAUUUUGGCGACGGGGAGGGUUUUUUUCUCCCCUGCUGCUUCCCUCGGUGGCUAGAAAAAGUAAUUGGUGGCGGUUUUAAUUAAAGGUGAGGGGGUGGGGGUUAGUGGAGCUCGGCCCCUAGGGGCGCCCCACUUUAUUGUUGUUUUUUUUUAAAUAAUAAUAAUAGUUAUUAUUAUUAUUAUUGCUAAUUCGCGGUUGCAACUCUUAGUACGUAACCGUCAAACCAGCCACUCAUUUAUUAUGGUCGAACUCAAAUCUAAAAUACCGAGAUGUUACAUUCUCAAUGAGGAGAUGAGUGCCGAGUCAAUUGAAGACAUUGCUUGGGAACUUAGCAUGCUAGCGGAAGAGCGAGGGAGGAUGAUUGAAAAAGUUGUGGAGGAGGUAGAAGCAAAUGAAAAAGAAUUUCUUGAGGACCCACAAGGGGAGGAAUGUGAAGAAGGGAAGGAUUUGGAUGAAGCAAUUGGUUUUCAAACUAAGGAAGAAGUCUUGGCGGAAGAGGCUUGCAUCGGCCAUGAGAUUAUUGAGGAAUCUCCACCAUACUUCAAGGUGUUGCUUAGCAAGGCUCCAUUUGCAGAUCUUUGCCAAGACAAGGCCAAACCAUCUACGAUCCCUCUUGGUGGAUGCGAUGGAAGUCAAUCGAUGAUGGAAUAUAUGGUGUGGGGAAAGGAGGAAGAAGAAGAAAAGGAGAAGGAGAGGUCUCGAGGGUGGAGGCUUCAUCUCACUCAAGUUCAAGAGUCAUCAUCAAAUGUCAUUCCAUAUGCUCAUGACUUCAGGCUCCACCUCGAUGUUGAGAACCUCAACUUCAAGGAGGUUCUUGGAUGGACCAAAACUUAAAGAGAAAUUGUCCGGCUCACGACGUUAAAUAAGCUCUUGAUGGGAGGUAACCCAUUCCAACUGGUUGCAUCUCUUUUCCUUUCAAGAAGAAGACCAUUGGAGCGAUUUUGGCGGUGUUUUGCUGUGGCCUUCCUCUUCCGGAUCUCACCCGCCCUCCACUCCCAUCCACCAACAUUCACACCCUAUCCGGUAACAUCGUUCUACCACCUUAUUAUGUGUCAUUAAGGGCAAUGUCGAGCUUAAAUGGGGGGGGGGGGUAGUCGACUAUGCAUGUGUGUGUGAAUGAUUGGUGUGAUUUUGAACGCUUUAGAGCCUAGUUGUAUGCCCAAAAUUUUAAACUUUGAGGGCUCCAAGCAUAGCAAAUUCGACAUUUGCAUAAUCAUAGUGGCACCUUUGGUGCUUUGUUUUGAAUCUCGUGGGUAUUAGCAUCGGUCUAUGGAUGAUUUGCUUGUGAUUGUGUGCAUCCUAUUAUGAUGAUUGAGACUUGUAUUAGGUUUGUGCAUAGGUUCAGUUCUCAUGUGUUUAUGAAUCGAUAGAUGUUUUGAAUUGAUUAGUCGCUUUUCAUAGUUGCCUAUGCAUCGAGUUUAGACAGUUAGAACGAAUGAUUGAACACCUAGGUAGCCAUGUGAGACUUGUGUCGUUCAUUUCGUUGUUGUGCGAUAGAUCCCCCUUACAUGAUAUGUAGUGUUCACGUUGUUGCUAGCGAGGAAGAUGGAGGCAUAGGAUUAGCCCACGACCCAAAAGUUGACCAACCCGAUCGUAUUAUCCUUUAGUCAACCCCUUUUGAGUCGUCUGUCUAAGGGUCAUUCUCAUGUUAGGUAGCUUUUGCUACUUAAGCUUGAUUGAUUUAGAUAGAGAGACCCUACUUUCUUCGUGUCUAUACCGUUUUGAGUUACCCUUGUGUUCAGAAGCUCCAUUUGUAUCGUUUGAGCUUAAAUGAAGUUCAACAUGAGUGAUUUUUGUAUGGUUUUGCUAAGAUUGUGAAGUGAGUGUGGAGCUAGUUCGUAAAAGUGAGCAUUGUUCCUUAAGUAAAAAAAUGUGGCAUGUGUACAUAGCUCUCUAUAGCCCUCAAAGAAAAGAGUAAAGAAAAGGAAAAGAAAGAAAAAUAAAUCAAUAAAAGGGCAUAGAAGAAAAUAGAGUGGCCACCAAAAAUAUAAUAAAUGUUGAACAUGCUCUUAGAAGUGUUUCUUGGCAUGCAAGCUAUAGAAACACUUACAUGUUUUUUUACCUCUACACUCUUGUGCUUGAAAUUUACUAGCAAAUGUAGAAAGGAAGUAUGUGUGACAUGAUUUGGGGAUUGAUUGUGGUUUGGAAUGGAGAGAAGUGUGGUAUUUGCCGAUGCUAGUGGCCCUUGCUUGUAGAAGAAGGUUCUAGUCGAAACCAUAGAACCUUGUUUUGGUUUUAGGUUGAAGAUGUGGAACCUCAUGUUAUGUGUGCCACCACCCAAAUGGCCUUUUCCCCAUGUCCUAGACCCUAGCCAGUCAUUUGAACCCAUGUUUAAGUCCUCCAGACAAGCUAGCAACGACACCCAUCUUGUGAGCUCUAACAUUUAGAGGUUACCGUCAUGGUAAAGGGAUGUUAGGAUUGAGUGUGAAUAUGCACAUAAAAUGGUCAUGACCCCACUGGUCGAGAGUGAGUGAUUCAUUCAUCAUGGUUUAUUCAUUUCUUAUACCCCGGUGAGGACCUAGGUUGCUCGAUCGUUCGUUCCUAUGAUGUUAUCUUCAUGCAUGAGUGAUUGUGAUUGGGGAGUUGUCGAAACAGAUUAUGUGUUGGUUGAUGAAUAAUGUGAGAACUCUUUAUUUGCACAGUCUAAAUACAGUUGAAUAUCGUUUGUGGUGGUCGCCAUGAUUACCUUAUUUUUGUCCAUAAGUCGAUGUCGAAAUAACCAUUGAGAUUCGUUUGUUUUGUGCCCUAUGAUAUGCCUCAAAACUUUUGUUGAAAAGAAGUUGUAAGCUUAAUUUGUUUUAUACUUGGUUUGCUUGUGGACAAGCAAACGUUCAAGUGUGGGGGUGUGAUUCGGGUCCAAUUGUGCAUUUUUUUACCCCUCAUUUCUUGUUCCUUUAGCUUUGUAGAUCGUCGCCUCUCGACCUAUUUUACCCUAGGUUGUGUUUCUUUUGUCAUAUUUUAGGUCCUAGUACAUAUGGGAAGGUCUAGGACGAGUUUCGGGUCCUUAGGAGGUCAAAACGAGCCAAAAAGUUGAGGUUGAGCACUGUUCAUGGACUGGAGGCAAAUGUCACGCCCUUAGACCCUGAAAAUCAUCCCCAGGGAGUGAAGAGUAAGACUUCAAGGGCAUGACUCAUUUAUCACGGUCCCAAAACCGUGAUAAUCACCCCAGACCGUGAAGUGGCCAAAUUCCAAAAGCAAAUGCACACCUCGAGGGAUCCCAGUGAGUUCACGGUCACUAAGACCAUGAACUCAAGCCCCAGACUGUGAAAUCGGCAUUGUUGGGCAAUUAUAAAGACAACAGCGGGGAGAGAGAAAGGGGAGCAAGUUUUUGGAGAGGAAUUAGUUUCUUUCUCUAGAGUUUCGACACAAAACACCCAAGGGGAGUUCUAGAGAGAGUGAGUUCUUGAGUGAUCUUGGAGCUUAAUUGAAGGCAUUGAUCAAACUUGGAAGCAAAAAAUCAAGCCUAGAAGAAGAAGUAGAUCUUGUGCUUUGUUUUUAAUCUCUCUCUUCUCUCUAGAAACUCACCAUAUUCUCUUGGGUUUAAGAACCCUAGGUCUAGAUUUUGUUUCAUUGUUUAUAUAUGUGACAAAUUCCAUGUUUGAUUGAUGAUUUUACUUAAUUGAUGGAUGUUGAAAAUCACCUUAGAGCCCAUUAUUGGCAUCUUUGGGUCAGUCCUCAUCCUAUAUCGUAUGGGUAAUCCCCGAGGGAGUCAAUUCCAUCAAUCUCUUACGAUGUAGGGUUGCUCUAGGUUGGAUAGAGCAUACCUUAUUCAUCGAUUCGUCGUUCCUAGUCAUUCCCGAGGGAGUCCAUCUCCUAACGCUAGAGUAUUUGAGUCGAUCGAGCUAGGAGGAUACUCAACAUCGAUCAAAAUGUCGGAAAUAGGGGUAACCCAAGAGAGCUCUUAACCUUGUAAAUAGCUAGGUUAGUUAGUUUAGUCUUUUGAAUCAUUAUCCUGAGUUGGCUAGAUAACGAACCCUAAACCGAAGUAGGAUAAGCCUAAAAAUCCCCGUGAUAUGAUAAGUUAUUAUUGAUUGCUUGCCCUAUGCUACACCUGGUCGAUGGUUAUACUUGGUUGUCGAUCGUGAUGUUGUAGUUGGAACGAGUUAAUAACAGAGGAGUCACUUC